AUGGCUGAAGUCCUGGGCCUCGCCUCUGGCAUCGCCGGACUGCUUUCUCUGGCCAUUGAAGUCACCAAACUGAGCUACCGAUACAUCCACGACGUUCGGUCAGCCAAGAGCACGCAGAAGCAGUAUCUCAGAGAAAUCGCUGCUUUAACUGAAGUUCUCCUGCGCAUCGAGGAGGCAGCUCAGACCAUCGAAGCCCAGGGUACACCAGCCACCUUAUUGCUGACCAACGACGCAAUUCGGGGAUGCGAGAGUGAGCUACAGCAGCUGCGCGCCCAGUUGGAGAAGCCUCUGCCAGGCUUGCUUUGGCCUUUUAAGGAUAAGGCGAUUACAAGCCACAUUGAAGAGCUCCAUCGCUUCCGCAGCAUAUUCUCCAGCUCUCUCUCCACGCAAACACUGAUCACGGUAUCAGCAACGCAGCGGGAGGUUGCACGCCUUGGGCAACACCAAGAUCUUCGCGAGCUGCUUGACUGGAUUGGGAAACCGAACGACCCAUCCGCGAUUGAUCGAACUCCCCUGGAAGGAACAGGAAAGUGGUUUCUUGAGUCUGAAGAAUACUCGUAUUGGAGAACGAGUAGCGAUGGUCGUCAGUCUCGUCAGUUCUGGUGCCACGGCCCGCCUGGCGUGGGAAAGUCUAUGGUGGCCAAGGUGGCAUUACAGGACCUGCAAUCAAGGCUGAAGGAUGACGAGUCAGUUUGCGUUGUUGAUUACUUUUGCGAAUUUUCGAACAGAAAGCGGCAGAAGAAGGAGUCGAUUUGGCGAGAUGUUCUGUUCCGAAUUGCAGCUCAAAACCGGCCUGCCGUUACCGAAACCCUCGUCCGUUGCCGGUCAAAGUCAAGCAGCACAAGAUAUGCUAAGAAUGACGAAUUAGCAGAGGCACUAUACGAAGUGUGCAGAUCAGUGGACGUUGUUAUUGUCAUGGAUGGGCCCGAUGAGUUGGAAAGUCCAAAAGAUCUUGGACCUAUCUUAGAUCCUUUUAUUAAGUCCCACAGCAGAAUCUUCAUUUCAAGUAGGGACUUGCCAGAGAUAAGAGACGCCCUUCACCCAUUAAGGACAUUGCAGAUGGAACAAACAGACGAGAAUGAUUUGAGGGCCUAUUUGUCAUGCCAGUUUGAACAAAAUGAUAUGGAUGACUUGCUGGAUGAUCACCCAGACUUGGCAACGGAGAUUAUUGAGAAGUCAAAUGGAAUCUUCCUUUUGGGCGAGAUACUGAUCAACGAGCUCCUGCAGUCGAAUACCGUCAAAGAGAUGAGAAGAGCUUUGAAGUCAUCACCAACACACCUCGAUCAAGCCUUCGAAGUUACUUUGAAACGCAUUGACUCUCAAUCCAAGUCGCGCAGUUCCCUGGCCCACAGGGUGCUUGGUUGGGUUGCUUGUGCGGAGAGAAAUCUCUCGGUAUCAGAAUUACUUCAUGGCCUUGUGACAGAGGAAGGCGAGGACGAAAUAGACAUGGAGAAUUUUGUUUCCGUCAAGACUAUCCUCAAAGUGUGCGGCGGACUUGUCAUGGCGAGCGCUAGAGACGGCAAGGUUGCCAUGGUACAUAGUACUAUCCACGAAUGGUUCCGAAACCGGGAAGGGUUCAAAUGGCAUGAAGAUAUCGCUAGGUCGUCCCUCCGAUAUCUAACUUUGAAAGUAUUCUCUGCGGGUCUUGCAGCCAGCGCUGACGAGUUAGAGGCCCGGAUGAAAGAACUGCCAUUUCUUCAAUAUGCGGCGCAGAAUUGGCGCAGCCACAUCUUAAACGACGAGGUGCUGAACGAUCUCACCAGUGCCAUCGACGUGUUUUUAGGAAACACCAAUUCAUGUUCUGCUGCAUUCCAAGUUAGCAACUUUCAAGGUCAGCUCAAGGACUUGGCGGUCCGUUCAGCGACUUUUGACACAAUUCCUACCGGCCACAUUGCCUUGCACUUCGCUGCGUAUUGGAAUCUAGGAGACAAGGCCUGUCAACUGAUUGAUUCAGGGCAGCCAUUGGAUGCAAGAGACUCUCAGAACUGGACUUCGCUUCAUUGGGCAUGCUUUUCGCGCAGUCAACAAACUGUCCGGGUUCUAUUUCUUCGAGGGGCUGAUACUAUGGCCAAAGACUCGGUAGGCUGGACACCUUUAUUUUGGGCUGCAUUACAAGGCGAUACAAACUCACUUGAACUUUUGUUGCAACACGAGUCAGACCACAUGGUUCAAGAUGUUCAUGGCUGGACGGUGCUACGAUGGGCAGCUGCAAGACGGCAGACGAAGGUGAUUGAGAUGUUGGUCAAUCAUUACCGGCAAAUGCAAUCCCAAGACUGCCAGCCCUCUACAUCCAAUGAUAUAGAGUCCCAGACAACUACCAAUGAUGCUGUAGAUGUUGUUCGAAGAGACUUGAUCAAGGGUCUGCGCGAUGGCACGAAGCACCUGCAGGACCAACCCGGGUCAGAUUUUGUUGAGCUCUACCACGUGUUUUUCGAUAAAAAGCCAGACAUGGAGAAAUUCUGGAGCAGCGACUACUUUGAUCCUCCAGUGGGAAAUGCUUGGCGCACAAUGUCCAAACUGAAGAGGAUGUUCCAUCCUUCCCGAGAUAUCAGCAAGGCUGCCUUUCGGUUUCAGAGGCGUGGUUAUUUAGGUGAUGAAAGAAGAGGAUGGUCAUUGGGUUUGAUCCACGCCGCAGUCCGGGGCAGGGACUUGGUGGCUGUCAAACUGCUUCUUGAACUGGGCGUCGAUAUUAACGGGGACGAGCUUCGAACGCCGUUGCACACUGCAAUGUUUCACACAGACUCGGCCAUUGCUAAGCUUCUGCUCGAGAAUGGGGCUGAUAUAGAGGCGCAUGACUACGAGCACAUCACGCCGCUUCAGCAAGCUGUUAUAAAUGGGUUUGUGGAGCCGACGAGGCUUCUAUUGUCUAUGGGUGCGGAUGUGAAUGCCGCCCAUACGUUUGAACCUGAGAAUCACCGAGGCCGCAAUAGCCCGGCUUUCAGGACACCCUUAAUGCUUGCUUGCGGACUAAGGAGAAGCAAAGAGGUUUGCCUAGAGAUGGUCCAACUGCUUCUUGACCACGGAGCGAAUGUUCAUAUUAAUGAUAAAGACAAAGGUCCAGCCGGUAUGCCAGUUUUGCAUUACGCUGCGAGCUCGCAUUGUCCAGACCUGUUAGAUGCCGUUAUAAAGGCCGGCGCCGAUAUCAUGGCAACAGACAACUACGGUCGAACCUCUUUACAUCAUUUGGCACUUGGUUACAGGCAACAUGAAGCGGUAUACGACCUAAGGUACCAGGCCGCGUGUUAUUCACUUCCAAGCUAUGCAACCAGCUGCUUCAGAAUUCUAUUGUCCAAAGGCGGCUGUGAACAGAUGAACAAAAUCGCAAAGUGGAAGCAUGAGUUUCCAAUCAAUUUGAAGAGUGAAGAAUAUAGCCAAGCCGGAUAUUACUUUAGGCAGGAGGGAAUCUACUCGCCCUUGGCUCUUUCUCUGGUAGAAAAGGACAAGGAAUUAUUUGAUGAACUACGUCGAGUCAGCGCUGAAUUCGAAACAGAUGCGCCUCUGGUUGUAUGCCUUUCGAAAGCGGUUGAAAUGAUGAGCUCGGACGCGAUUGAACUUGUCCUUGCGAACGGAGCCGCCUUUCCACAGCGAUGCAUCAAUGAAUUUGCGGAUCUCGACAACAUUCUGCUAGAUCAUUGCGCUCAGUCUGGCAACCUGGAAGACCUAGAAAAGGUCCUCAAAGUUCUCAUACCUCAUGGUCUCGAGAUGGAUCGAGAAUUUCCUAGGUAUAAGGGGUCGGAAGACAGGCGAACUCUACUUGGUUGGGCAGUGUCGAAUAGCUCAGUUGGCGCUGUCGAGGUAUUGAUCAAAAUGGGCGCAAAUCCAUUCCACGAGGAUGUUGAGCAUCUAGACUGCUUUCUGAUUGCUUUCGUCAAACAGAAGUUUGACAAUUUGCGCUUCCUGUUAGAGUUCUCUGCAACACAUCCUCUUGCAAAUCACUGGACGCAGCACCUAGAUCACUCUAAGCUGACAGGGGACUCGGACAUGCUGGUAGGGGUAUGCCAAGCUUUGAAGAAAAGCGGGAUCUUGAUAGACAUUGGAAAAUCGCUACUCUCGAAAGCUUCAAAAUCUGGGCACGGACUUGUUGUAGGGGCACUGCUGCGGGUGGGAGUUGAUAUUGAGGCUGGCGAUGGGACCACGCCUAUUGAUGCUGCCGAUCAUAGCCAUGAAGAUCUCCUCAAGGGACUUCUGGAAUUUGGACUUGACGCCCUGUGUCCGGUUCUGGAUUUGGCAUGUAAUCAUGUAGUAUCCUGA